AUGGAUCCUACAAUCACCCCAACAAAUGCUUCAUCAAACUUUGCCCAGUUUGGCAGCGAUGAUGAAGAAGUAUUAGCACCACAGGAAAUGAAUGAAUCUGUCAAUUUGAGUCCAGGUUCAGACGACUGUUCUGGAUUAGGGCACAUAUUCAAGUCCCCCCUGGAUCCCAGGAAAUACAAAGCAAUUGAGCUCCCAAAUGGAUUGAAAGCCAUUUUGAUUUCAACUUUAGACGUUCCUUCCUCAAAUAAAAACAAAACAUGCCACUUACAGAAGAUUCUGCAGUUUAACAAAACGUGCAUGGGUCUUGACAGCACCUCCUUUAAAAUCAGGUGCGAAUGUGAAACGUCUGGCCGACCAACUUUCGUGGAUAAAGCAAGUUCCACCGUCGAGGAUGUAAAAAUACCCGGUGCGGAAAAUUCGGAAGAAUCAGUAAGUUUUGUGGAAGUGAUGAAUGCAAUCAAAGCAUUAAUUCUUGGAGAGAUAGAAAAAGGCGACGACGCAACUUCGACAAUGUCCAAGUCGACAACGGAUGUUGAAUCACCAGACCCGGAAGAUGACGCUCAAUCUUGUACAGCGUUUCUAACGGUCGGAGCAGGAUGGUUUAACGACCCGCCAGAAAUGCCGGGCAUGGCUCAUUUCAUUGAACAUUGCUUUUUCUUAGGAUCAAAGAAAUUUCCUUACCCAAAUCAAUUAUUCCGUCUUACCUUACCUCACGAUGGAUAUACAAAUGCUUACACUUCCGGUGACACAACGGUAUACACAGUUUCGACGUCAUUAGAAAUAUUUUCCCUAGCAUUAGAAAUGCUAAGUGACGGAGUGGGUUACCCUCUUUUACCUCGUGACCUUGUGGCAAAGGAAAUGGAUGCUCUGGAUUCUGAGUUCUCAUUGAGACAAGACGACAUGCCAAAGGUUUUUCAAAUUAUAUUUGUAAUAAAUAUCUUAUUCUUAAAAAACAAUGACCACUAUUCUUUACUUCAAAAGUACAACCAACUCUUGGCGUCCUUAGCAAAGGAGGGACAUCCUCUGAGAAAUAUGGACACUGGAAACAAAGAAACACUUCGGAUUCCUCACUUUUACAAGAGAAUGGUGGAAUGGAGAAGUUCCAAUUAUUGCAGUAAUUACAUGACUCUUGGUUUAGAAGCUCCCUUGGACCUCGUUGAAAUGGAAGAGUUGGUGACCACGUACUUUUCAUCUAUCCCAAGUUCGAUUCUUCCUCAUCCAAGGAGUCGAAUCAAAAUCUCUGGCAGUCCAUUUCAAAGCAAAAUUUUUCAUCGAAUAUAUCGCGUCCCCUCCAUCUAUCACAGUGAAUUUAUAGCUAUUCAUUGGGCACUGGAACCAAUGACAUGGAAGAACUUAUCAGUCAAAGCGCUAGAAUACUUGGGCUCAUUAAUUUCCAGUAAAGGACAGGGAGGGCUUUAUCAAUUUCUCAGUUAUUUUGGAUUGUGUACCAACGUCACCGCCGGUUGUUGGGACUCCAACACGUUUUCAAAUCAAUACACAUCGAUUUUCACCAUUUACUUGGAUUUGACAGAGGAAGGCUUCAGCAAGCAGGAUGGCAUAAUUGGAGCAGUUUUUGCAUAUCUGGACAUGUUAGGAAAAAAUGAACCAUCGCUGCACUUUUUCCAAGAGUUGCAGAAGCAGCACGCAGAUUAUUUCCAUCAUCAGUCCACCCGUUCAAGCACGACAUAUUGUGAAGACGCUUGCCUUUGGUUACAAAAUGUCCCUGCAAAAUAUGUCCUAGUUGCACCUCAACUAAUCACAAAAUUCGACAAGGACUUCAUUUAUAGCACUACACAGCAAUUGAAACUGGAGACUUGCAAUAUUAUGGUGUUUUCAAAAAAGUACCGGGAGCAGAGUAGCAUGGAAAGCUUUUACCAAACUCCAUAUUCAUCGCAAGAAUUCUCAAAGGAACUCAUUGAUAAAAUAGAAAAACUGAAAUCUCCGCUCAGUAAAAUUUUUCACCUUCCUAGUCCAAAUCCAUAUCUUUACGAGAUCACUUGCUGUGGAACACAGCAGAAAAAUUUGAUAAGAAAUGGACCUCUAAUGAUUGUGCAAGGCAAAUGUUCAAUUUUUUACAAGGAUGAAAAGUUCAAGAACUUGAAAGGACAAUUUCCCCAAGCAAAGUAUGUUUUUUGGCUCCAUUCCCCAGUGAUGAAUUCUGGACAAAAGUCAGAAACUUUGAUGGAUUUUAUCUGUCACUUUAUAAACGAAAUGAUUGAAUCAAAAUUCUCGUCUGCGCUGGUGGCCCAUUUUCACUUGCAUGCUAAAGUUACGCCAGGAAAAAUCGAGCUAAGCUUGACCGGACCUUCACAUCAACUACCGCAAGUGACAAAAGACGUUUUCAAAAUUCUUAUUUUAUUUGAGAAACUGCUAGACAUGAAGACCUUUCACGUUGGGAAGCAAAUUUACAUUGAGCGGAUGGACAACAUUUUGCUCGAUAAUCGCAUACAUGCUUGGGAGGUGAUGAACUUUUUGUGGGCGAAUCGCUACACCACCAGCAAGGAACAUAUUAAACACGCAGAAAAAAUUGACUAUUUUGCAUUAUUGGACUUUAUCAAAGCUUUUAAACGAAAAAUGUACAUUGCUGGAUUUCUUCAUGGAUUUAUCACAAUUGAGCAAGCCUUUUACGUAGUUCAAACGGUUUCCCAUUUUAUGAAAAUGUAUCCUAAACCAGUGAGUCCUCGCGAGAUUCGUUCCAUCAGGUGUCCCCAACUUCCAAUCGGGGAAAACAUUGUAAAAAUUAAAAGCAAAAACGUGAGAACGCAUACUUCCGUCGUCAUUAAUGGCUAUCAAUUCGGACCCUUGAACGAGAGUGAUGACAAAAUUAUCAAUUUCCUAGCAAAGUGCAUGAGUGACGCUUCGUAUCAUCAAUUAAGGACGCUAGAACAGCUAGGCUACAUCGUGCUGGUGUACCACGAUGACAUUUUUGACGUAACUUCUUUGUUCAUCGAAGUUGUAACCCAGCCAAAAAACUUUAGCACUGAUUACUGCAACAAAAGAAUGGAUAAAUUCAUUCAAGAAUUUUACAACUGUUAUCUCACCGACGAAUCAAAAUUUACUGAAUUCAUGAUAGGAAAGCCACAAGUUGUCCAAGCCCCCAACAUUUACCUCCCUGACCCUGCUUCACAGCAUGGACGUUCCUACCAGGGUAUCAGCAUCAGCAAGAUGUCACAAUUUGGAAAGUCAAAAGGCAAAAGUAAAAAGUCGAAACAGAAGUUCCUCGAGUCUGAUACAGAUCUACUCGCCGGUUCAGAGUCAACUCUUGGUAUCAAAUCUUAUAGCAAACGCAAGAAGCAGAAAUCCAAAAAAUUGGCCAAACCUCUUCCAUCCGCGGAUAUGAGUACUAAUAAAGAGAAAGAAGACGUCAAUUCAAACAAUAAACCACCCAUAUCUCGAUUUGUGAGUGACAUUCAAGAGUUUAAAAACGGUCUCAAAUUGUACCCAAACCCUGACUCCUUAAGGAUUGAUGAUGAUGAGUUUGAGUAUUACGAAUGUGACGACGAAAAUACUCUUGAUGAUUCCUAA